AUGGCAUCAUCAUCCAGCUCAUACAAUUCACCUUGCGCGGCCUGCAAAUUUUUGAGGAGAAAAUGCAUGCCAGGGUGCAUUUUUGCACCUUACUUUCCACCAGAAGAGCCACAAAAAUUUGCAAACGUGCACAAAAUAUUUGGUGCUAGCAAUGUGACAAAGCUUCUCAACGAACUCCUCCCACACCAAAGAGAGGAUGCAGUGAACUCACUAGCCUACGAAGCCGAAGCACGAGUGAGGGAUCCAGUUUAUGGCUGUGUUGGUGCUAUCUCUUUUCUUCAAAGACAAGUUCAGAGGCUCCAAAAGGAGCUUGAUGCUGCUAACACUGAUCUUCUUCGUUAUUCUCUCACUGAUAUCCCUCCACCUCCACCGUCAUCUCUUUCUGUGCCACCAGGAAUGGUGUCAGUUCAACAAAUGCCACAAAGACAGUUUAGUGGAAGUACUUAUUCUUCUUUUCCUUAUUCUCUUCCUUGGACUGAUACUUCAUCAGAGGACAUGAGUGAGGGUGGUGGAGGAGGAGGAAAUCAUUUGUGA